CAGCAUCUUUGGCCAAAGAAACAAGACAACAAGGCAAUCACCCACUCAAAAAUUGUUGAGGAAAAAUUGCCAGGCCAUGUAAAUGAGUGAAAAUGCUUCGACUUAAUUCUGUUUAUGUGCGUCCGCGUUGCCAGGACGAUCUUCGAGAGAAACUCGACUGACAAGCUCGACUGAUUCGGUGCGCAUGCCCCGGAUUGUCAUGACAGAGUUUGUUCCCCGUAGCUGUCAGUGGGGAAAUAAACAAAUAAACAAACGAAUCGGACGGAACCGCCAGGCGAAUUCCCGGCACAAAUAGACCAAGUUAACCUGGAACCGGAAUAAAAAACGAAAUCCAACAUGUCGGUGGAAGAAGGUGCGCCCUCGAUGGCCAGGUUGGACAGUGAGACCGGGACUCCACCCGAGGUUGAUCCCAUGGAUGCUCUGGCCGCUGCCCCACUCUCAACCAGGAAGCACAAGACCUAUCUGAAGAAGUUUAAGGAGCCCGAUUCCGACGAGGAGAUUGGUGACUUGCGAAAUCUGUACAAUAUUCAGGAGUCCUGGCGAACUCUCAUGAACUUGCCCAGCUGCCAGAAAAUCAUGGUUUCAGAGAGGGCCCAAAAAAUCCUGAAGAUUGAGGUGGGCAUCAAUGUCACUCAGGAGUUCCCCUGGAAGCAGGUCCAGUUCAAAGAUCUGCGGGAUGUCCUGUUCGAUGAGCUUGAGAACGUGGCGGAACUGGUCAAGAAGUUCAAACACUUUAAUCCAGAGCACUAUGUUCUCCUUGGCUUCUGCCCCAUCUUGACCGAGUCUGACGACGAUCCCCCCGAGGGCGAUCCGUUCAUCUGCUACACGAGCAUCAAAGAGUCCAAGCUGGCCAUGGGCAUCAUCCAGAACAUGGAGCACUUUGAUCGGUGGAGGAUGCAGCGACGCUUGCGCAAGAAGCCCCGUCGGUGGGUGAGUCAGGGUACCGAGGACGAGAUGACCAUCUUGGUGGAGCACUUCAGGGACGACCCAAUCGAUGUGGAGAUCCAGAGUGUGUACCCCAUUCAGGAACCGCGCCACGUGGCGUUCACACACCGAAUGACCCGGGAUGUGAGGGAUGGCAUAAUCGAGCUCCUGCCCAACGAGAACGUCAAGUGGGAUAAUGUUACAAAGAAAAGGAUCAACGUCGCCAUCCAGUCGGCUCCAGCCGUGGUGGAACGGGAACAGCAAACUAAUCCCACAUUUCCUUCCAACGCCUGGUCCCAAUAUCUGUACGAGAUUGAUGAUGAUGAUCUGGAGUUGGACGAAUCCGUGGUGGACGAGGAGGAGGAAAAAAAGAGAAGCCAAAAGAAUUAUGUGCCCGCCGAGAAGCCACCGCCAGAAAUGUCCGCCCAAAUUCAAUUGUUGCUCAACACUCUGGACUUCAAUCAGAUUGAUUGUUAUAGGGAUGAUUACACCAUGAUUUCAAGACGCCAGGUGGUUCAGUACACUAAUCCUUACCUUCAGGAGUUCCUAUGUUUCGCCAACAUCUCCAAGAGCAACAAGCGCUUUGUGGCAGGCCAGGACUGGUAUCCGAAGCUCUCCGGGUUGAUUGCAGUUUCCUAUGCGUUUAGUACUCCAGCCUCGGUGAAUGAGGCUUCCAACAGAGUGGACUACGUGCAGCGGGCCGUUCUGGAGCCAAAUCCUGUGCUGCUGUGGAGCUUCUCCGACAAUCUGGACUACAAACUGGAGUUUGAGGCUCCGAUCGAGACGACGCAACUGGCCUUUUGCCCCUCAAACGGCGACAUCCUGAUUGGCGGUUGCAAAAACGGUCAGAUUGUAAUCUGGGAUCUGCAGGGGCGUUGCGAGAAGCUGGAAGAGGAGGAGUACUUGACUGCAGCCCAGUCCAAGUAUCGGAUUAUGAUUGGCGAGUACCUCAACUGGACCAUCGACAUUGAGGACAAUCUGAUUCCCCCGGCCACCAUUUCCCCUCUGGACUUAUCGCCGAAGGGUCAGAUCACCGGCUUCUAUUGGCUGGGCCGUUCCAUGUACAUCAAUCACUUCGGCAAGGUGUACAACGAUCCGGACAUGCGGGUCACCCACAAGUUCUUCAUUACUUGCGCCUUUGAUGGGACAGUCAGCUUCUGGGAUCUGGAGGGCGGAGCGGCGAAGGCAGCAAAAGAUAAGAUGCGCAAUCGUAUGCUGCCCAAGGAGCUGUCCUCCAACGAGUCCGCCUUCAAGUCGCUGAGGAUUAAACCGACCUACAAUAUUUACUUUCCCGAGCCACUGACAGGAAUCAUAGCCGACACCUCGUGUUAUUCGUGCCUCACCCCGAGCAUGAAGCUUAUCCACGCCAACCCGUCCAACUAUCCCAUCAAACUGAUCCCCAAGGAUCCCCCCUCCCUGAGGCAGAGCAUGAUAGUGUCCACCUUUUACGGGCACAUCAGUCGGAUCGAGUGGCAGGGCAUCUACACGGAGGGCGAUCCCACGGAGACCAUCAACAGCUCGAUGCCUUUCGCCAUGGUCCACGAUGGUCCGGUGGUGAUGAUGCGCAAGAAUCCCUUCUACCCGGAGCUGUUCGCAUCCAUCGGACGCAAUAUCCUGGCCAUCUGGAAGGAGGACUACCCAUACUCGCCAAUUUUCUGGAGGCAGCGUGGCUGUGAUCUCACCGCCGUGGCUUGGAGCGAAACCAGGCCAGCUGUUUUGUAUUUAACCAGGAUGGAUGGCAUCCUUGAAGCUUGGGAUAUUCUGGCUCGCGAUGACGAUGCCUGUUUGAGCGAGAUCCUCGGCGGAGGAAUCAUUACCAGCAUUUCGGAGCACCGACCCUCGCUGCCCUACAAGAUCCUGGGCAUCGGAGACUACAACAGCAGCAUCCGCAUGGUGAAGCUGCCACACACCUUCGACGUGCCGCUCCCAAAUGAACUGCAGCAGCUAAUGAACUAUGUCCUCAAGGAGGAGCGCCGCAAGGUGGGCAUCCAGGCGUGGGAGCAGAAGUACUACGAGCUCAACAAGGACAUCAUAGAGGCGAAGCGCGAGGCGGAGGCGGAGACCCGCAAGGAAAUGGAGCGUCUGGAGAAGGAAGAGCAGUUCGCGUCGCGGAAGCGCAAGGCCGACGAAGAGGGUGGCGAGGAGAAGAAAGGGGGAACUAAAAAGAAUUAUGCGGGACUCAACUACAACGAAAGGAUGGCCGUCAAGUGGGACGAGCUAAACCUGAACAGAAUGAUGACCAUUCUGAUGUCUCGCAAACAGAUGGACCCCGAGAAGCUGGCCAGAGAGACGGCACUGGAGAAGGAGAAGCAAGCCUACGAGGCGGCGAAGAAGAAAUCCCAUCUGGAUGUGCUAGCGCGGGUGGAGCAUGAGAUAGCAGCCAUUAGAGCCCGCAUCCUGCCCGCUGAAGUACCCGACUUCCAACGUUCUGAGAUGAUCCAGGAGCGGGUGAAGCGGGAAGUGGAGCUAGCGGACACGUACGAGCAGGUGGCAGCCGACUCCUGGGAGAUUCUGGGCAUGUUCAACGAGUUCAAGUCGAUUGACUAUAUCGAGUUCCUGGAGCGGGGCCGACAGCGCCGCCAGUUGCUCGAUCAGUCGCUCGGCGGGAACACGGAUCGACUGCUCUGGUAUCAGGAGAAGGUGCAGAAUGGUGAGCUGAAUGAGUGUCAGUUCGGCUACGAGUUCUUCAGCUCCCAAGGACACCCCGAUGGGGAAGGUAUAUUGGAUGCCCGGAUGAACGUCACAACCCAGACUAAAUCAGACACUACCCUUAUUGUGGCCAUAGACAUCAAAGAAGUAGAGGAGUAGUCCUUUCUUCCUUUCGAAUCCUUAAUAAAUGUUUCUUUCGGUGUUAAA